AACCCACAGCUUGCACUAUCUCAACAGUCCCACCAUGGAAGUACCAUGGAAAUACCAUGUCUUCUUGAGCUUUAGGGGAGAAGACACCCGCAACAGCUUCACAGGUCACUUACAUGCUGCUCUUGAACGAAGAGGUAUCAUAACUUUCAUAGAUGAUAAACUUAGGAAAGGAGAAGAUAUCUCCCAAGAACUCCUCCAGGCAAUUGAAGGAUCUCUGGUCUCCAUUGUUAUUCUUUCCCCAGACUAUGCCUCUUCUUGUUGGUGUUUGGCUGAACUCCAAAAGAUUCUUGAAUCCAAGCGAUCUUUGGGAAGAGAAGUUGUUCCGCUGUUCUUUAACAUAGAUCCAUCUCAUGUGAGGCAUCAGAGAGGUACCAUUGGAGAUGCUUUUGAAAGCCACAGGGAGAGAUUUGCUGAUGACAAGGUGCAAGGAUGGAGAGAUGCUUUGCAUGAAGUUGCAAAUAUAUCUGGCUAUGACUGCAACCAUCGGCAUGAAGCGAAAUUGAUCGAGGAAAUUGUUGCAGAUGUAUGGGCAAAACUACAACCUAAAUUACCAUAUUGUUUCAACAAUGAGCUCGUUGGCAUUGAAUCAAGAGUAGAAGAAGUUAAUUCACUUUUAGGGAUUGGAUUAGCUGGUGUCCGCUUAAUAGGAAUAUGGGGCAUGCCUGGUAUUGGAAAGACAACUCUUGCAAGAACUAUCUAUGAGAGGAUAUUUCGCGAAUUUGACAUUUGUUGUUUUCUUGCUAAUAUGAAAGAAAGCUCUGAAACAAAUGGCUUCGUUGCUUUGCAAAGAAAACUUCUCUCCAAACUCAAGAUAAAAGGCAUGGAAGUUGAUGAUACAUAUGAAGGAAAGAAUAUAAUAAGAAACAUGCUAUGCAACAAAAAAGUUCUAGUUGUCUUGGAUGAUGUAAGUGAAAUAAACCAACUAGAAAACCUCUGUAUAAAGCAAGCUUGUCUGGCUCCUGGGAGUAGAGUAAUUGUUACAACUAAAAAUAAGCAUGUAUUGAUAGAGCAUGGAGAAUUUGAAAUUUAUGUGGCUGAAUUGUUAAACAAUGAUGAAUCUGUCCAGCUCUUCUGCAAGAAGGCUUUUAAAAGGGAUGAACCUAUAGAAGGUUAUUGGAAGCUGUGUAAAGACAUCAUCCACUAUGCUGGAGGUCUUCCUUUAACUCUUGAAGUGUUGGGUUCUUAUUUUUGUAGAAGAAGUGAGCUUGAAUGGAAAGAAGGUUUGGAGAAAAUUAAAAUGUUUCCACCAACCGAUAUUCUAAGGAGACUUAGAAUCAGUUAUGAUGCAUUGAGUGAAACGGAAAAGAAAAUUUUUUUAGAUGUUGCUUGUUGUUUCAAGGGAAUGAUCAAAGACCAAGUGACACAAAUAUUUGAAAUAUGUGGCGAUCUUUAUCCAAUACUUGGAAUACGAGAACUUGUUGAGAAAUGCUUGCUAACAGAAUAUUGUUGCGGUCAUGGUGCAUGGCGUUUGGGUAUGCAUGAUAUCCUUCAAAAAAUGGGCAAAAGUAUUGUUGUAGAGGAAUCACCUAAUGAUGCUGGCCGACGUAGCAGGCUAUGGUCACUGGAAGAUGUUGAUCAUGUGAUGUCAAAAAACAAAGGCACUGAUUUGGUUGAAAUUAUUCAUCUUCAAUCACAUAUGCCAUAUGAAGCAAAUUGGGACCCUGAGGUAUUCUCUAUGACGCGUAGCCUCACAAUACUCAUCAUAUUAUGUGAUGUGUACCUUCCUGGAGGUCUCAAAUUUCUUCCCAGUUCAUUAAAAAUUCUUGAGUGGAAAGCAUAUCCUCUGAAAUCCUUGCCUGAUGGUGCUCAUCUUGAUGAACUUGUUCUCCUUAGAAUGCAUCAUAGCAAGAUCAUACAACUAUGGGGGAGAACACAAAUGUCAAAAAAGUUAAAGUUUAUUGAUUUAAGUUAUUCUGAAGAAUUCAUAAGAACUCCUGAUUUCUCCAUGCUGCCCAAUCUUGAGCAACUAAUUCUUAAAGGUUGCGUAAGACUUUCUGAAGUUCACCCAUCACUUGGACAACAUACCAAAGUUGUUGUACUGGAUUUGAAUGAUUGCAAGAAUCUUAAAGCUCUUCCAAUCAGAAUGGAAAUGGAUUCAUUAAAGAAAUUGAUCCUUUCUGGCUGCUUAAAAGUCAAAAAGCUUCCAGAAUUUGGGGAAAACAUGACCAAGUUGUUGGUUCUUGAUGUGAAAAAUUGCAAAAAUCUUGUUUGCCUUCCAGGGUCCACUUGUAAUUUGAAAUCCCUGAAAGUUCUCAAUAUUUUAGGUUGCUCAAAAUUUUCCUCAUUGCCACAAAACAUUGAAGAAAAUAAGUUCUUGGAGGAGCUUGAUUUGAGUGGAACUGCUAUAAGGGAAAUACCUUCAUCCAUUGUUAGCCUAAAAAAUUUGAAGAAAUUAUAUUCGAAUGGAUGUAAUGGUCUAAGUUCAACAUCCAGUUCAUUAAUAAGGAGCUUGCUUUCCCCAGUUCGCAGCGCAUUGGGGUUUGAUAUUCAUGAAGCUCCCACUGCAUUGGUUUUGCCUCCUUGCAUCUCACGUCUAGCAUCGCUGAAGGAAUUAUUUUUGAGUAGAUGCAAUCUCAAAGUUGAAUCAAUUCCAAAUGAUCUUGGCUGCUUACCAUCGUUAGAGGUCUUAGAUCUUAGUGGAAAUGACUUUAGCAACCUACCCGAUGGCAGUUGUGUUCUUCCUCCUUCAUUCUCAAGGCUUUCCUCAUUGAACUCUUUGAAUUUGUCUUACUGCAAUCUCCGUGAUGGAUCAAUUCCUGAGAAUCUUAGUUGCUUGUCAUCAUUGACAAAACUUGGUCUAAGCCGUAACAAAUUUACCCAUCUUCCUGCUGGUUGUGUUGCUAAUCUUUCACUCCUAUCUCAUCUGCAUUUGAGUUAUUGCCCAAAGCUCAAAUACUUGCCAGCUCUUCCGCCAAACCUACUGACGAUAGAUACAGUUGCUUGUCAUUCAAUGCCACCAUUAACUUUUUCAGAAUUUCUAUCAGUUCUGAUUACAACUACUAAUGAAUUUUCGAAAUCCUUUCCAUCAAGGAUUUUGGAUAACAUGGAUUUCAAAGCUUGGUGGAUCCAGAAGAGUGACGUCCCAUCAUGGUUCAACAAUCAAGACUUUCAAUUUCUUCUUAAAGUUGAUGGUUUUCAAGACAAUCAUGUUGUUCAACUUUCUAAGAUAGAAUUCCCUUGUGAUGAAUUUGAUCAUUGUCAUUCCAAUGUGGUUGGUGGUUUUGUGCCAUCUGAUUCCAUUGUGUCAAUAAAAGUAGAUGUCUCUCAUCUUUGCGGCUCAAGUGCAAGGUGGGGUAUUUCUCUUUGCAUUGUUCUGCAAGAUCUAGACGUUCCUUUAUGUGCUGAAGAUGUGUUCGUUCGAACACUUCGGCUGACUUACAAAUUUUCACAAGAUGAAUUCUUCAAAAAGGAAUCCUCAUGGAGAAUUGUUAUGGGAAACAAUCCCAAUCAAAUGCUGAUGAUUUAUUUUCCUAGGAGUAAUUUCAAAGUAAUUGACUGUGGACAGAUCGAAUUCAUAUUUUAUACGCAAAAAUAUAAGCGCAUAAAGAAAGUGCAAGGGUUUGGGAAAGUUGGUCUGCAAAGUCAGAGUACGUUUGUGAUAAGCAAGUGUGGGUGGCGCGUGAUAAGCGAGGAAGAUGUUGAAGAAUGGCGCAGAUCAUCAAUGAAUGUAUGCAGCACUAGUGGUAACAGUGAAAUCCCUUCUCAGCAUUCUCUUUAUGCUUAUGGAAAGAGAACCUGUGAAGUUGAAGAAAUAGAAGAAGAAGAAGAAGAAGAAGAAGAAAACAUAGUGACUAAUGAGGAAGCCGAAAUAUUUUCUGCUAAACGAAGAAGAAUGAAAUGAUUUAUUUUAAUAGGCAACUCACCAUCACCCUUUAUUUUCUCCAGAAACACACUCGCUCACACACACAUACACAUAUAUAAUUGAUUCGUUGUGUCUCAGGGUGCAAAGUUGAAGAAUGCCAAUUUGAAUGUUGCAAACAUUAAACGAUGUAAGUAGAUUCCUUAUUAACAUUUUGAUUUGCUUUGACAA